AUGCGUUUAUAUCGAAGCCUCAUCAUUUCGAUGAGCAUAUGGCUCCUCGCGCGUUGGGUGUACCGUCGUUGCCGUCGUCCAAAGGGCUGGAAAGCGGGAGGGGUGGCGUUGAUCACCGGCGGCGGCAGCGGCAUCGGGCUGGAGCUCGCAAAAGGCCUCGCCACGGCCCAAUGCAACGUCGUUCUUGUCGGGCGAAACGAAGCUCGACUGCGGGAGGCGGUUGAGAUUUGUAAAACCGCCGGGGCCCCUCGGGCGGAUUUCAUCCUCGCCGACCUUGGCGUCCUGGACGACGUUCAAAAGGUCGAGCGGGAGUUUACCGCCCUGCAUGGGGAGAACUUGAACUACCUCAUCCUCAACGCCGGCGCGGGCGCGAUCGGGCCCUUCACCCCUGGGGAGCCCUUCCGCGAUAUUUGCUCGGAUUUGAUGCGUAUUAACUACUUCGCAAAUGUGUGGUUAUUACAGUGCUUUCUCCCGCAGCUUUGCGCCAAUCAGAGCGGGGAAUCGCCAAGUCGGGUGGUGGUGAUCUCCUCCCUUGCGGCCGUCCUGCCGUCGACGUGGCGGAGCGCCUACACGGCCUCCAAACACGCCUUGCAGGGCUUCAUCAACGCCCUUCGCGGGGAAUGCGCGAUCUCGUUCACGCUAUGCUGUCCGAACUAUAUCAACACGGACUUUCAUCAAAAAGCGGCGCUAUUGGAUGGGAAUGAAGGGACGCUUUUGAAGGGACAUUCCACACGCCGCGGGAUCUCGCCCUCGAUUUGCGCGAAGAUCUGCCUGGACGGCGCCCUCCGCGGGGAGCCCGAGAUGAUUAUGAGCUUUUCCGGAAAGAUUGGGUACACGUUAAGGCCGCUCUUUCCAGGCGUCGUAGAUGCCGUCGCGAAAUGGGUGAGUCUGAAAUCGAUUCAGGGAAAAAAUCUCAAAUAG